AUGAAAUCAAUCACUCUUCCAAGGGCUGAGGACAAGAAAAUCGUCAGACAUGCUCUGCCAACGUCCAAUAUAUUCACAGCUGCCGUUGCCAGACUGUAUUUAGCAUUCGAGCAGGAUGGCAACGUAUGGAAAUAUUCUGGAUUGUGGGGUGCUAUGGCAUUUUGCAAAGAUCGCCAGAGGAACAACUCUUAUUUUCUUCGACUCAUUGAUAUUGAAUCUAAUCGAGGUGUUAUAUGGGAGCAAGAGCUAUACGUUGGAUUUGACUACUCGAAAGACUGUCCAUUUUUACAUUCAUUCGAAACUGAUGAUUGUUUAGCUGGUAUACAAUUUGUAGACCAAGGGGAAGCUGAUGUCUUUUAUGAUAAAGUAUUGAAUCGAGAUUCCAUCAAACUUAAAGAUAGUCGUAACACACAGAAAAGUGGUGAUGUGGGCCGAGUACGAUUCACGCCAGGAAAGGGAUUCUCAGUUGACAAUAACGACUCUGAAGUGCUCGAGAUUCUAAGGGAAUUGGAGAAAUUGGAAGAUUUCUCGGCAGCCGACAUUGAUCAAAACCAAGAUUUCAUCCAAGAUUUCAUUAGGCAGUAUAGAAGUGGCAGCAAGAAAUCAUCCAAUAAAAGAGGGCCACCUCCACCACCACCUCCAUCACGAAACAGACAUGCAAAAGCACCCGCUCCUCCACCAAUCCCUCCCAUGUUGAAUAGACCAAAUCCUAUUGCUCAAGGAUCUCCUCCUCCUCCACCUGUUCCAAACAGAGGUAUCAGGCAGUCGCCAUCAAUCCCCUUCAUCAACAUGAGGUCUUCAGUCGCGGUAGGCGGAGCACCACCGCCGCCACCAUCACCACUACCUCCUCCCGUUGAACGAGGCUCUCCUAUACCAACUGGUGCUCCUCCUCCUCCUCCACCACCGCCUCCUUCUGCUGGACCUCCUGCAAGCCCCUCGCCUAUCAGUAGUAUGGCUCCUUCUGGUGGUGAUGGUCGUUCGAACCUAAUGGCUGCUAUUCGUUCGACUGGUGGUUUUGGCUUAUUGAAAAAGGGUGGAUCACUGAAAACUGCAAACACAAGACGCCCUGUAUCAUCACCAGCUUCUCGAGGCUUGAAUCAGAAAAAUUUUACUUCCAAUCAAAGUGAUAUGGCAUCUAGUCUUGCUGCAGCUCUUGAAAAAAGAAAGAAGAGUGCUCUUCAUAGCGAUGACUCGGAUGAUGAUGACGAUGAUGAUUGGAAAUAA